AUGGGCUCGGGUUCCAGCUCGAGCAUGUCGACGUCAAUGGUCUUCACAACCGAUCAUUCCACACCUCUCUACUCAUCGGCAUGGACACCUUCGACCACAGGCGCUUACGCCGGCACCUGCAUUUUCUUGAUCGUGCUGGGCAUCAUCAGCCGAGUACUGCAAGCCUACCGGCAUGUGCUGGAAACGAAGUGGCACGACAAAGCAGUCAAGCGCAGAUAUGUCAAGGUCGCAAGUGAAAGCGCAUCAGAACGCGUCGACCCAUCCAUGGAGAAGAGCGACGAAGCGGUCCUGACUACUCGAGGCAUGGACGAAUCGGUGCGGGUGUUGCAUGCAGGGCGGAGUGCAGUGCAGUCGAAACCAUGGCGAUUCAGCACAGACCUACCAAGAGCGAGUAUCUACGUGGUACAGGCUGGAGUAGCGUACUUGAUGAUGCUGGCGGUUAUGACAUUAAAUGUUGGCUAUUUCCUUUCAGUGCUUGCAGGACUCUUCGUCGGAGAGCUUGCAGUAGGGCGUUACACGGUCAUCGAAGACGAGCAUCAUUGA